CGGGUCGGUGGGGCGCGAUCUCUGACGGUCUUUCAGCGCGAGCUCCGGCGCCUACCUCCACCCGUGGUGCGGGCGGGCUGGGAGAGAGGGGAAGAGGAAUUCCCGCGCCGUGUAACCGCUUUAUGUGCCUGCUGCGAGGUGUAGGUUCCUGGUUGAGAAACGAUGACAGAGGCUCUGGAUCUCCACGGACAGGACUCUGAUGGGGGUAGCGAGGAGGUGGUCCUAACCCCUGCAGAGCUCAUUGACAGGCUGGAGCAGGCCUGGAUGAAUGAAAAGUUUGCCCCUGAGCUCCUGGAAAGCAAGGCUGAGAUUGUCGAAUGCGUCAUGGAACAGCUAGAGCACAUGGAAGAAAAUCUCAGAAGAGCCAAGAAGGGGGAUCUGAAGGUCAGUGUCCACCGAAUGGAGAUGGAGAGGAUCCGCUACGUCCUAAGCAGCUAUUUGCGGUGUCGACUCAUGAAGAUAGAGAAGUUUUUCCCUCACAUCCUAGAAAAGGAGAAAGUGCGUCCUGAGGGGGAACCUUCCAGCCUGUCUCCAGAGGAGUUUGUCUUUGCCAAGGAGUAUAUGGAUCACACAGAGAACCAUUUUAAAAACGUUGCCCUAAAGCACAUGCCUCCCAACCUGCAGAAAGUGGACCUCUUGAGGGCAGUUCCUAAACCAGACCUAGAUUCAUACGUGUUUCUGAGAGUGAAAGAGCGACAGGAAAACAUCCUAGUGGAACCGGAAGCCGAUGAGCAGAGAGACUAUGUUAUUGACUUGGAGGAGGGCUCACAGCACUUGAUCCGGUACAAAACCAUUGCACCUCUUGUUGCCUCUGGAGCCGUUCAGCUAAUAUGAACGCAGCAAGCCUGAGGCCGCGGAGCCAGCGGAGCCAGCGUUAGAGACCCCGUCUCCUUUGCAUCUGAUGAUGACGUUGUUCAUACAGUUUGUCCGCAGUGUGUGGCCUACAUGGACAUGGAAAGGAGCUGAUGCCGGAUUCCCUUCAUCGCCAUACCCUCUUAAAUUCCUGUUUAACCAGCACCAACAGAUGGGCCCAUGCCCUGUAUACUCAGCAAAUAAAUCACUGUCAGUUGUGUGCCUUUUA